AUGGACGACAAACACGAAGAGCACAUCUCGUUAAUUCCAAAAGACUUGGAAAAUAUCCUCGCAUGGAAUCCUCCUCGUCUCGAGUUGAGGCCUCCGCCAUCCCGCUGGAUGUCGUCGACGCCUACGCUUCCUCCUCGUGUCUUCUAUACGAAACACAUCGAUGAUAAACUUGUGUUAAAACAAGUUUUUCCGCUGGAAUCUCUUACUCAGGAUUUGGCUCGGUUCGCAUCUGUAACUCUCUCAUCCGCUUUCUCCGAUUGCCCCACCAACAUAUUAUUGUCAAACCAUGCCUUCGGGAGCACGUUGGGAAAGGCGACUCGGAUACCCAACGUGAUGUAUGCACCGGAGGCCCUGGCAGACUACCGUUCAGAGUCUAUUGGGGAAUUUUGUUGCACGCUCGCGACGAAGGCACUGAUACCAAAUCUCGCUGCUUUCGAAUCGAGUGUUUGUUUUGGACGUCACGCCCGGCCGCCGAUGACAAGUCGUACAACAUGGAUGAUAACACUUGUAUCUGGCUUUUGA